AUAAUAUUGUGGAUCUGAACGACCAACCAGGACAGAGAGUCCACGCUUUCUUUCUUCAACUUCACUUCACUUCAUUCACUUUGUAUCUGUCCCAAAUCCCAAUUCCACAUUCUCUCUUCAAAAUCCCGCAAACUUGCUCAACAUAUUCAAUCAUCACUCACUUCCAAAAAUGCUACUUUGAUCUGUGUCUCAUUCAGGUUUGAUAAGCUUUUGUUUCUCCUUCAUAUAUCUUCUUUUAAAAAUAUGAUCUUUUUCUGAUUUGAUGCAAUGAAACUCAAAUUUCUCAUUGAAAUUUGACAAAAUAACCAAUUGGGUCUCUUAGUUAAGUCUAAUUCUCAAGAAAACUUUUUGACUUCAUUCAAUUUGUUUGAAUCAUGAAGUUGACAUUUUUACCUAUAGCUCUUUCUUUUCUUUGUGAAUUGUUGGUUAUUGUUGUAGCUAGUUCAGAAUUUCCUGAGGAAAUGUAUAGAUUUGAUAGGAAAUCUCACGUGGGCUAUAAGUAUGAUAGAAUUGAUGAAGUUCGGAAACAAUGUGCUUUUGUUUUAUCUGCUGCAUCUGAAUUGAGGUUUGAUUAUGGUGGUGUUGUUGGUAUGAAAGGAGAACUUUCUUUUGUUAAUGGGGAUUGGAUUCAGGAUGUUGGUAAGUUUCCUAUUAUGCCAUUUGAUGAUAGGAAUGAGAAUUUGCCGGGGGGUUUGUCUGGAGAUCGGCGUGGUAGUCCGAUGAAAUUGGUGUCUUUUAGGGUAACAGAUGUUGAUCAUGCUCAUAGGUUGAAAAAGUCGAUUCCUAUUAAUGGUUUCAUGGCGAUGGGAAUUACUAGAGAUGGUAAUUUUAUGGACAAUGUGUAUGAUAAUGGGAAUCUUGAUUUUCGCUUAUGGCCUGGACAUUCUCAGCUUUCGUUUCCCUUUCAAGGGGUUUACACUGAAUCGAAGAGAAACGGUGGGGAGAGGGUGUUGUGUUUGCUAGGGAACACCAUGCUUCCAACUCGAGAAACCAAUCCUGCGAAUCCAUGGGAGUGGAUGAAAAAUCCCAGUGAUGUACCUAUGUCAGAAGAUGAUCAAAUUUUGUUGGUUCUUCGAUAUCCAUUGACAUUCACUUUGACGAAUAGGAUGAUAACUGGAGAGUUAAGAAGUUUGAACCGUGAUUCGAAUCCUAAAUACUUUGAUGUGGUUCACAUAUCCUCGCAGUUGGGUAGCUCAGCCAAGUUCACAUUUGACUCCCAACAUAUUUUAUCCAAAGCAUGUGAUCCCUAUCCGUAUAAAGAUAACAUGACAGAUAAUGUCAUUAGUGUCUACAAAGGGCCAAGGUUUUGUGAAAUCCUUGAAGAAGUUACUAGAGAUAAACCUUUAUCUGUUGUGCCAAACUGGAGAUGCAAUGGUACAGAUGAUUUCUGCAGUAGAUUAGGUCCUUUUGUUUCGGAUGAGGGAAUCAAAUCGACACAUGGAGGCUUUCAAGAUGUUAUACUUUAUAUGCAGGAUGUUAUCUGUGAGCAAGCAGCUGGUCAUAGUAAUACUGGUUCCACUAAGGUGUCUGCGGUUUUUAGAGCGGUUUCUCCAUCCGAGAAUCGAUACAAUGCAGCAAAGAGAUCCGGUGUCAACAACAUGUCUCUUGCAACCGAAGGAAUCUGGAAAUCUUCUAGUGGACAGCUUUGCAUGGUUGGUUGCCUUGGACUUGUCGAUGCCAAAGGGAGUAACUGUAAUACUCGGAUUUGUUUGUAUAUACCUACAACUUUCUCCAUAAAACAACAUAGCAUCAUUUCGGGAACUUUGUCUCCUAUUAAUAACAAUAGUGCCUUUUUUCCUCUAUCAUUUGAACAGCUUGUGUUACCUACAGAACUCUGGAAUUAUUUCACGUUCACUCAUCCGAAUUACAGUUACUCAAAAAUUAAUAUUGCUGGCGCUGUCCUUGAGAAAAACGAGCCGUUCACUUUUUCAACUGUCAUUAAGAAAUCGUUGCUAACUUUCCCUAAACUUGAAGAUGAGACAUUUCAAGAUAGUAUCUCCCUUCUUUCAGAAGAUCUCACUUUUCAUGUCUCAGGUUUUCCCGAUCCUAUGCCUCGUGUGCAGGCCCCGAGAGUUGAUAUUCAGAUGGAGAUUCUCUCGGUUGGACCCAUGUUUGGGCGUUAUUGGCACGCUCAAAAUGGUUCAACCGGGGAACAACAAGAAACACCAUAUCAUGCAAAUGCUGCAGAAUAUACUGAAAAGCAGCUUCUUUUAAAUGUAUCUGCACAACUGAGUCUUAGUGGGAAAGGUUAUGGUAAUUUUUCUGCACUUUUUCUCGAGGGUCUUUAUGAUCCACAUGUUGGAAAGAUGUAUCUUAUUGGUUGCAGAGACGUGCGAGCAUCGUGGAAUGUCUUAUAUCAGAGCUAUGAUCUUGAGUCUGGAAUGGACUGUUUAAUUGAGGUGGUCGUUUCCUAUCCUCCGACGACAACUCGGUGGCUAGUCAACCCCACUGCCACAAUUUCUAUAGGAAGUCAAAGGACCGACGAUGAUACUCUUCGGUUCAAUACAAUAAAGCUCCAAACCUUUCCAAUCAUAUACAGAAAGCAACGUGAGGAUGUCCUCUCACACAGAGGCGUUGAAGGGAUUCUCCGGAUCUUAACACUUACAUUGGCAGUUGGUUGCAUUUUAAGCCAACUUUUUUACAUAAAGCACAAUGUGGAUUCUCUUCCAUAUAUAUCUCUUGUUGUGCUAGGUGUUCAGUCUCUUGGUUAUAGCAUUCCUCUAGUCACAGAUGCAGAAGCUCUUUUCAAGAGAGUGGUUUCCGAAUCAUAUGAUGUGUCGUCAUCUGGUACUUUGGAGAACAGUGAGUGGCUCCAUAUCAUUGAUUACACUGUGAAACUUUUGUUGAUUGUAUCGUUGCUGCUAACCCUGCGGCUUUUUCAGAAAGUGUGGAAGUCGCGGAUCAGAUUGCAAACACGCACCUCUUCUGAGCCGCAUUGUGUCCCCAGUGAUAAAAAAGUACUUCUUUGUACCUUCAGCUUACAUCUCAUUGGUUACAUAGUUGUUCUAGUAAUUCACGCCACAAAAACCAGUCAGAAGAAUCUUAGAACAGAGAAAUAUGUGUAUGCUAAAGAGAAUUCUCAUACGUUGCCGGGUUGGGCGACGGAAUUGGAAGAAUAUGCAGGUCUUGUCCAAGACUUUUUCUUGUUUCCCCAAAUCAUUGGAAACUUAAUAUGGCAAAUCCAUUGCAAACCACUCAGGAAACUGUAUUUCAUUGGAAUCACUGUAGUAAGACUUCUUCCUCAUAUAUAUGAUUACAUUCGAGCUCCAGUUCUAAAUCCUUACUUUUCCGAGGACUCAGAAUUUAUCAACCCAAGUUUGGAUUUUUACUCAAAAUUUGGUGACAUUGCCAUUCCUGUGACUGCAAUUAUUCUUGCAAUUUUGGUCUAUAUUCAACAAAGAUUGGGCUAUGACAAGCUGAGUCAGGUUCUGACAUUUGGGCAGUAUAAGCUUCUUCCUACUUUUAGAUAUGAAAGGUUGGAUUCUAAGUCCUUUGAAACUGAACUAGUUCCAGGUAGCAAUGGUGGUGGUGAAAAUAAGAAAGAACAAGUUGAUGAAGAAUGAAUGUAGACACUAAUUUGUGUUACUGACAAAAAACUGCUGUAUUGUAUACUUACAUCAUUACAUGCAUGAAAAGUAGGAAUGAGUUUUUUGGGGGAAUGUAUUAUAUUGUGUAUGAGAGGUUUACUUUUAUAUACAGAAUAAACAAGUAAAUUGUGGUUUUAGUGUUCACUUUUGA